AGCAGGAAGUAGUUUGCGUAAUCUUCGUGUAAAGGAAAGGAAAAAGAAUUUUGGACAAACAGCUUGAAAGAAAUUAAACUGCAACAAUAACAGAAAAAAUGACUGCAGAAUUGGAUCCAGAGGCACUUGGAAAGAAGCUUCUAGACCUCUGUCGUUCUUCAAGUCCAGACCUCACAGAAGUGGAACGAUUAAUUGCUGAGGGAGGAUUGGUUGAUUUUGUUCAUGGUGACAGGAAAACCCCUCUUUUUUUAGCUGCAGAUCAAGGUAAUGAACAGCUAGUUGAAUUGCUCUUGAAGAACAAAGCCAAUGUUAACUAUCAGAUUGAGAGUUCCGGUUGGUCACCGCUCCUUACCGCUAUACAAUCAAAUCAUGAAAAGGUUGUGCAUUUAUUACUGGAGUAUGGGGCAGACCCACAUCUCAGGAAGGAUAAUGGAGCCACACCUUUCAUUAUUGCUGCGAUAAUUGGCGAAGUGAGAGUGCUCCAGCUGUUUCUGUCCCGUGGUGCAGAUGUCAAUGAGGCUGAUGACAAUGGCUUUACUGCCUUUAUGGAAGCAGCAAUAUAUGACAAGGAGGCUGCCCUACGUUUCCUGUUUGAUCACAAAGCGGAUGUCAACAAGCACAGGGAAGUGCCUGAUGCCAAACAAAUGGUGUGCAGGGGUGGAAAGACUGCACUCAUGAGUGCUGCGAAGAAAGGCCAUGAAAAUAUUGUUAACAUCUUGUUAGAUGAAAUGCACGCAGAUGUUAAUGCAGUUGACAACCUUGGCAGAACAGCUUUAAUUUUUGCUUUGGAGAAACACAGCAAGUCAAUUGUGGAAACUCUGUUGAAACAUGGGGCUUGUGUAAACAACACAGACAAUAACAAAGAAACCCCUCUGAGCACUGCUUUGAAAAAUGUUAAACUGGACAGUAAUAUGGUGGAAAUGCUAAUAAAAUAUAAACCAGAUAUAAACAUUCCAGACCAAGAUGGGAAAACACCCCUGAUUCUUGCAAUAGAAAAUGAGGUCACAAAUGUGGUUGAUCUGCUGCUAGAGGAUUACAAUGCUGACAUAAACGUACAAGACAAAUCCGGGCAGAGUGCCCUCAUGGCAGCAGUGAAUAAUGAAAAUGCCACGUUGACUAAAAGGUUGUGUGAAAGGGGAGCUGAUGUUUCCUGCACUGUUGAUGGGUAUACACCUAUAAUGGUGGCCAAAAGUCUGUAUGCUCCAGAAAUUAUAAAAAUAUUGAAUCAGUAUGGUUUAAUGAAUAUUAAUCCAAAUGUAGGAUCUUCUUCCAAAUGGAAAAAGUGCAGUAAACGUUGGCAUACAAAACUGGAGAAACUGCAGAAAGUUGUGUGUGCUCCUAUUGGGAACCUUAAACUGUUUAGGAAUUAUGAUUUUAAGAUCACCACAGACAACAUACCUGAGGUCUAUCUUGGUUUCUAUAAUUGUGAGACUGAGGUGGCAGUGAAAUUCCACAGGAGGUUCAGUGAAAAAUCCUCAACGGAAAAGUGUUGCCUCGCAGAGCCGAAGAUCAGAGCAAGCAAUCUGUUUGUUAAACUGGUGGCUUGUGAAACAGACGAGCAUUGUGAAUAUCUGUGCCUGGAUCUCUAUGAGUAUAAUCUGGAAGAAUACGUGCGUCAGCAACCUAAAAAAAUUGAACUGGAACCCUCAGAUAUUAUGCAGCAGUUGGUCAAGGCGCUUCAGAUAUUGCACACAGCCAAAUUCGCACACCGGGAUUUGCAUCCGUCAAAUGUCCUCAUAGAUGUUGAAAACCGUAUACACCUGGCAGAUUUUGACAAGAGUGUGUGUUUUGAUAACAAUCCAACUGUGAAGAUAUCCGAAGGGACCUGGGAGGCAUCCGAAAUCCUUCAGAAACUGAAACAACAGCAAACACCAAAUUUCGAAGCGAGUGAGCUAUUCAAAGCAGAUCUACAGGCUUUGGGACGGCUACUGCACUUUCUAGUAACUCAAGGAAAAGACCCUUAUGAGAGUAAUGAUGAUUUGUGUGAGAAUAAGCCAUCCCUUGACAAGGAAUUGUACAACCCCAGGAAUGCUGAAGUCCGAGAUUUCAUAGAGGGGUUGCUCGCUCCGGCGGAGACCCGGAUUACGCUCCAGGAGGCUGAGCAACAUCCGUUCCUGUGGAAAGAAGCAGAGAAGAGCAAGUUUGUCCAAGACCUUGCCAAUGAAGAUGAUGUAGCAAAAUGGAAACAGGAUAGUGAGCUAGUAGAGAUUCUGAAUGAGGCCGGCGAGAACGAGGAAAGAUCAUUUCACAAGUGGACAGCAGAGAUAGACACGGAAGUUUUGGAUGACAUGAACAUGGGUCAAAGAAAGAAGCCGAACAUGGGUCAAAGUAAGAAGCCAAACGUGAAAAAAGUUUACAAAGACACCACCAAUGAUCUCCUGAAAUUCAUAAGAAAUUUGACCCAACAUUUCAAUGAAAAAGAUGAAAGUAUCAAGAAAUUAGUUGGAAGCCCAGAGACGUAUUGGCUUUGCCGUUUUCCAGAUUUCAUCAUCUCGCUGUACAACGCUGUGAAGGACACUCAAUGGAACCACCACUUUCCAAACCAACAACCGCAGCUCCUGCUGCCAACGCCGCCUCCCUCUGGUGGUGCUGCACAGGACUGUUGAGCUGUCAGUCAACAUCCCAUGCUUCAAAGUGCAAUGCACCAAGAGAAAUAGUGCUUAUUGAGUGCUUUUCAUCCCCUCGGGAUGUCAAUGAUGUUUGGCAAACAUAAUGGCAGCCAAUUUAAGGAAAUUGGUCUGCAAAUAGACAGUUUUCAGCCUCUACAACCCACCCCACCCUCCCCCAGUCAAUACCAUUGCUACGUGUGUCGCUUGUCUCUUUAUCACACAUAUUCAAGGGUCAAGAGUGUUUUAUUGCCAUAUGUCCCAGAUAUAUCCUUACUUGCUGCAGCACAACAGAAUAUGUAAACAUAGUACACUGUAAACAAUAUCAUAAACGAGAGAGAAAAAAAGUUCAGUGUGUAUAUAUAUAAUAUAUAUAUAUAUGUACACACAUAUAUAUAUUAAAUAUAUAUAUUUACACAUACACACAUAUCUUUCCAUCCUUUCCACUUCUCAACAUGUUUGUUUGAACACAUUUCCCAGUUCUGUUAGUCACCGGCCCUAAAUAAUAACUUAUUCUCCCUGUAGAUGCUGCCGGACCUUCUGAGUGUUUCCAGCAUUUUCUGGUUUGAUUAUGGGCCUGAGAUCAUUGACUCCCAAGUUCGGCGUCUGUAGGUGAUCAUUAAUCUGAUAGCAAGGCAGGGUUUGAACCCACAACCUACAGACCUGGAGGAGAGCUUUCUCUCCAUUUUACGCAGCUCCAAUGGCAACUUACAUAAUCAUCUAACACCAACAGUGUCUCAACCUCCUCCCUCCAUUCACCUAAUUUUACCUACAGCACAGGGGGAAGGCAGGGGACUAGAAUAUAGAUUGCAGGGAAAAUAGUGGAGGGGCAGAGGUUUGGGUUGGGGAAGUGAGGUGGAAGCUGAGGAGGCCAGAAUGACUAAGGACAUGUCGAGUGGGAGGCAGGAUAGUGUGGCAGGCAGGGUAGUGUAGAUCCAGAAGUGGCCUGGGUUGGGUUAUCCUGGAGGUCGGGUGGUGGUGUGUCAACUUAACUCGUUUUCCCCUACUUGACUUCCUCCCUUUCACAUAUUCCACACUAAUUUCUCUGUCUCCCCAUUUCUUUAGGCAAGUUUCCUUCUCGGUUUAUUUUUUCCUCCUUUCUCUCCCAGCGUAUCAAUGCUGUGCUUUUGGCAACAGAGUGGGAAAGAAUAAUGUCACUUUUCAUUCAUCCUUUGCUUACACACAGCUCUACCUCAUCUCUUCCUCGAUGCUUAUGUGAUCAGUCCAUUCGCAUGACAUCAAGGACUAGACGAACUGCAAUAAACUCUGAAGUCAUAUGUCUCUCACAUUAGUAACAACCAUUAAAUCUAUUCAACUCCUUACUGGCUUUGAGGCUGGACAAGAUGGACAUUCCCAUCUUAUUCUCAACCAGCUAUGAAGGAAAUAACUAUAUUAUUUGCACUGAUUACACAGACCUCCCACCAUUAAUUAUCAUGGAGACAAGACUCCCCAUCAUUGACUCCGUCUACACUUUAUACUGCCUUAGAUAGGGUAUUAUCUAAUUAACCUUUAUCGCAUUGUGGACAUUGGAGUUUGUCUAUGGAAAUGGUGUGCUCUAAUGUUGAGAACUAUAUUCUGCACUCUGUAUCUUCCCAUUUACUCCAUCUAUUGUAGGAGUUUGACUUGAUUGUAUUUAUGUGUAGUAUAUCUGAUCUGUUUGGAUUGCAUGCAAAACAAAGCCUUUCACUGUACCUCAUACACAUGACUGCUUUAAAUGUAAACCUAAGCCUUUAACAAUUACAUUGGAGGGAUGAAUUUUGAUAUUUUCUUCAAUACAAUGGGAGCAAUGGGAGCCUUGCCCAAAAGCUGACACCCCUGGCAGUGCCGUACACUCUGCAGCUUUGCACUGGGAACGGCACGGUGAUGCCAAGACCAUUUCCUUGUAAAUCUCUGCCUCCACUGGCCAACAAUGUCUCAGCAGCUGGUUGAUUCCAUGUUAUAAAAGUAAAAGGAUUUUGGACUUCUGAAAUAAAAAAUUACUGGAAACACACAGCGAGUCCAGCAACAUCUGUGGAAAGAGAAACAAAGCUGCUGUUUCAAGUUGAAGCUCCUUCAUCACAACAUAGGACAGUUAUUGACCUAAACCAUUAAGCAUUUUUCAUUCCACACAUGCUGCCUGACCUGCUAAGUAAUUUCCGUUUUAUUACAGAAACUGAGCAUUCAGUUUUUUUUGUAAAUGUACUUUUAAAGAUUAAACAAAGAAUAAGGAUGAAAUCAUGAACUUUGUGGUUUAACAGCUAUUGAGAGACCGAAGUCACACUCAAAAUGAAGAUUUCUCAGUUAUGUGAUAAAUAACGGAUUUAAAUGAAAAGUAGAGGGAAAAAGGGGUGCAAGCCAUUUCACAGAUAAUAAGCAACAGAUUUAGUAGAGGAAUUCAUGUAAAUCAACAGUUCCUCAAAGUUUUCAGAUCAAACAUAGAAGACAGGUCCAGGAUUAGGCCAUUCAGCCCUUUGAGCCAGCACUGCCAUUCAAUAUGAUCAUGGCUGAUCAUCCAAAAUCAGUACCCUGUUCCUGCUUUUCCCCCAUAUCCCUUGAUUCCUUUAGCCCUAAGAGCUAAAUCUAACUUUCUCUUGAAAAAAUCCCAUGAAUUGGCCUCCACUGCCUUCUAUGGCAGAUAAUUCCACAGAUUCACAACUCCCUGGGUGAAAGGUGUUUCCUCAUCUCAGUCCUAAAUGGCCUACCCCUUAUUCUCAAUGGGCAAUCCUAUUGAGAAUGAAGGAAACAAUGAUUUAAUCCACUCAAUACAGAAUUCUGAGAAUGAUUUGUUUGGAACUAGGCUUGCUAAAAAGCUAAAGGCUGUAUGCAAUGGUUAAUUCUGAUAUAAACUAAUGCUCUGUGUCACAUUAAAGAUUUUAAAGUUAGUCCAUAACUGG